UAUUCAGCAUCCUCUGUUCAGCAGACUGCACCUGGACUUAACAUUAUAGAGCAGUUUGAAAACUCUGAAUGGCUCUUUACCAUGUUCAGUUUUUUUAGCUGUAUAAAAAUGAGCUAAUAUUUACAAAUUGAAUAUUUUUAGACUUAUUUUUGGAAGUGGCUAUAACUGAAGGAAUUGCUCGAACUAUUUUUCUUGCAACUUUUGCACGUGAAGCUAUUAUUCUCCUCUUUAAUUCUUAUUUUUGUUUAAACUUUUGGGAUCAUGUGGACUUUUUUGGGUGUAGCGAGCUUCACAUAUGUGUAUAAAAAGUGCGACGUGUUUGUGGUUCUGGCUCUUUUUCUCGCAGUGGGAGCAGUACUCACCUUCCACAGGUACCGGGGGCUAAAAACUCCUCAGAUACUCCACUUACCGCUGGAAGUCUUAUCGCUUCUGCCUUUCACUAGCGCACUCAUCCACAAGGCAGACAUCUGUCAAAGCCACACCGCGGCAGGGGACAACAAAAAGGGAGUUUCCAGGAGGAAGCGAGUAAGAACCAAAGAAGCACUGAACACAGAAAGUACCUCAGAGUGUGCAUCCUCCGGUGAUCUGGAGCCAGACGUCAUCAUCGUGGGUGCUGGUGUGCUGGGUUCUGCCAUGGCGGCCGUGUUGGCACGAGAUGGCCGAAAGGUUACAGUGGUGGAGAGAGAUCUGCAUGAGCCGGACAGAAUCGUGGGAGAACUUUUGCAGCCAGGUGGCUAUCGGGCACUCAGAGAGCUGGGGCUGGAGGGUGCAGUAGAGGGCCUGGAUGCUCAUGAGGUCAGUGGGUAUGUAAUCCACGACAUAGAGAGUCUCUCAGAGGUGGAGAUCCCUUACCCACAAGACGAGUGUGGCGUUCAGUGCGGCCGAGCCUUCCACCACGGUCGUUUUAUUAUGGGCCUGCGACGUGCUGCUCUCAAUGAACCAAAUGUAACGUUUGUGGAGGGCACAGUAACCAGUCUGCUGGAGGAGGAUGACUGUGUGACGGGAGUUCAGUAUCGUGAGAAGGACACUGGGAAACUCAAGGAGAUCCAUGCUCCUCUGACGGUAGUCGCUGAUGGCUGUUUCUCCAAGUUCCGUAAGAGCCUCAUGUCUGGAAAAGUCAAGGUCUCCUCACAUUUUGUUGGCUGCUUAAUGAAGGAUUGUCCUCAGUUUAAGUCCAAUCACGCCGAGCUGGUGCUGGCAAACCCUAGCCCAAUCCUGAUCUACCAGAUCUCCUCCAACGAGACCAGAAUUUUGGUGGACAUCAGGGGAGAGAUGCCCCGAGACCUGUCCGAGUACAUGGUGGAGAAGAUUUAUCCUCAGCUACCAAGGCAUUUACAGGAGCCCUUCAUGCUCGCUCUGCAGAAUGACCGUCUGAGGACGAUGCCUGCAAGCUUCCUGCCACCUUCACCAGUCAACAAACCAGGAGUCCUGCUUCUGGGAGACGCCUACAACAUGAGGCAUCCUCUGACUGGAGGGGGGAUGAGUGUAGUGCUCAAUGACGUCCGCAUCUGGAGAGAGCUGCUCAGUAACCUUCCAGAUCUGUAUGACGACAAUGCCAUGCUUCAGGCAAAGAAGAAAUUCUACUGGAAGCGCAAGUCAUCACACUCGUUUGUCGUGAAUGUGCUGGCUCAAGCUCUUUACGAGCUAUUUGCAGCAACAGACAGUUCUCUGCACCAGUUAAGAAGAGCCUGCUUCCACUACUUCGAACGGGGUGGAGAAUGUGUCAAUGGGCCAGUAGGUCUGCUGUCUGUGUUAACGCCAAAGCCCAUGACUCUGAUUGGACACUUUUUCGCUGUGGCCUUGUAUGCCACCUACUUCAGUUUCAAGUCAGAGUCGUGGCUGAUGAAACCAAGAGCCUUGGUGAACAGUGGAACAAUUCUUUACCGUGCCUGCACCAUUAUGUGCCCCCUCAUCUACUCAGAGCUGAAGUACCUGGUGUACUGAGCCACACUGGCAGUCAUGUGGCCAGCCUAAAGACUGCAAUCAGAUACAUGGGAAAGCACUUAAUAGCAUGAGGAUCUCUAAGAAAUGAACCAGCUGUGCCUUUCACCACCAUGCAUAUCUACAUAUCUAAACCUCAAAUCUGUUUAUUCAUAAUGUUACAGUAUAAAGAGGCUGUAUCAUACACUGACAAUGGGAUGAUUGCCUUUGAAUUGAGUUGCAUUUUGGGUGUAUUUGUCACUGUUCUUUAUGUGUUUAGUUCUUUAGCAGAUGCAGAUUGGAAGAAACCAGUGCCCUGCUACAACUGUGGAAUUCUUCAUCUAAAGAAAGUAGUUGAGGCGACGACAAACUAUUUUGUAUCAAAACUGAAAUUUAGAAUAACGCAUUCACUGUUUUUACUUGUGCCGUUAGCCUUUUUUUUUUUUUCCCUCCAAUCAGUAGUCAUGAACCCUGUGAGGGGAAAAUGUUAGCACAAGCUGUGAUAUUUUUAUAUAUUUGUGUACACAGAUUUUGAAUACAACAUUUGAAGCACCAAAAAUGAAUUUCCACUCAUGUCCGCUUGGGAAAAUGGAUCACUUGUACCUUUCCCUUUGGAGUCAAAUACGAGCAACCUGCACUUCACCUGUUUGUGCUCCAGAAUAAAUUUGCCUUUGAAUAAAUAGAACAUUUUCAAUGA